UCUUCAAUUUAUACUGAUACCAGGUGGAAAUGUGCUCGUCCUCUCCAUCUCUACUUUCACAUUUAGUGACUGCAUAAAACCAAAUACCGAAACGAUUUCCAAUAUUAUUUUUAAACAGGCAGAAAUGUAAAAAAACGCCCGCGUACGUUACCGCUUCCACAUUACUAACAUGGAACCGAGCAUAUUUCAACCUGGAGAUAUCUGCCCGAAUUGCCAGCAGAAUGGCAUGCAUCAUCGAUUACGCAGCUUUUAUAUUGACAUAAAUGAGCAAAUAGUUAAAUGUGAAAGCGUCUCUUGCCUGUAUCCGUAUAUAAAUGACUUUUCUGAUUCUGAGGACGAUGGAAUGAUCGAAGAAAAGCAUAUAAACGCUUCAAAAUCAGCUUCCACACCAUCUUUUGCUGCAAGUUCCAAUGCCAACGAUAAUCUGGAUGAUACGGAAAGUGUGCGCUUUGUGGAGGCACUACUUUGUAUUAAUGGCAGCAAUAAUGGUGCUGAGGCAUUAAGUGCGUUAGGGAGCACUGUAGAGAACAACUCAUCGCCGUCGUUCUUCACACUGCAACCUGCUAGUUGUGUUCCGCCAAUGGACGACCAUGUCGAAAGCACUUCGCCAAUGGCCGACCAUGUCGACAGUGCGCCGCCAUCUUUUUCAGUGAAGUUUGACACUUUCAAGUCCAUGUCACAUCCUAAUGACAAAAUGACUGAACAGGAAGGUAUAAGCUUUAUUGACUCACUGUUCAGUAAUUCUGAAACGCAUGCGUCAGUUGUAUCUAACAAAAAUGUUUUAGAAAAUCAACUACCUACACAAGCAAGCACUGCAUCUGUUGAUAUGCCAGUAUUAAAUUUCGAUUUUACGGAUAUGCAACCUCCAAAUGCUGAAGAAUUCUUACCGGCUAAGAAAAAACAAAAAUCACAAAUUGAAAUUCAGUGUAUACAAACUGUGAAAGCAGGAUUUACCAAUAGGAAUAUUGAAAGUAUUAUUAAAUGCGAAAGGAAGCCAGAAAUUGCAAAAGAAGAAAAAUCUAUAGAGCAAACUACUAAACCUAGGUGCAUUACAAAAGAAGUAGGUGUAACAACAGAAACCACUACGGUAACGCCAAAGGUGGCAGACUCGAAUAGCGAAAUGCGCAUAUCGCGUUACUUUGAGGCCUUGCAAAUGAAGCUAGGCAAUCUGCAAAAAUCACAAACAAAAGAAGAAACGUCACUGGAGCGUAAGAAGCGUAAGAAGCAGCCUCCUCGUUCCAAUGUGCAGCAACCAAAGCCAGACAAUGCAGCUGGGCGUAGAUUAGUCAACGUGCUGCAGGUGCUACAGAGUAAAAAGCAGAAAUGAGCGGGCAAUUUUUGGUUGCGAUAGGCCAGUUGCGGAAAUGAUGCAGUUAGGCGUAUUUAGCUGCAGUUAAAAUUAUAUCAGGCAAUGGCAAAACUCCGAGUGUACGAGUAUUUCUGCCAUGAAAAAGCUCCUCAUAAAAACCAUUUGCCGUUUGGAGUCGACUUGAAACUGUAGCUGCCGCGAUUUGUAAAAAUCAUCAAGACAAGAACAACAAAUAGGAGGAAGAGCUCGACCGAACAACUAACUGAAGUGUGCGCACCAAUUAUUUACUUUAUUUUUAGAUUUAUAAUAAGUCUAUAUGUAUGCAUGGUAGAUAUGUACAUACGACAGGCAAAUACAUACAUACAUCCACUCAUAUGAAUUCCCACGGUUUGUUUAUCAAUUCAAACAAUUUGUUGACCAAACAAAACGUUAUUUGUUAUUACUGAUAAUUUAACAUCUUUUAUUGCUAUUAUCUUCUAUAAAUAAUUUUUAUUAUAAAUG